AUGGCGUCCGGCGGCACCAACGGUGGUCAAUCCCAUUUCUUCUUGACCCCCCAGCAACAAAGGCUCCUCUUUGCUGCCUUGAACUCCAAUAAGCAGCCGGCGAGUCAGCCGCCCGCGACCAACCCGCUGCCGUUCUCUCCGAAUUCCCUCCAGAUGUCUCCCGCUCAGGAACAGAGCUUAGAUGGCUUCCAGGAGACACCUCUCCUUGACAACUACGACUAUGAGUUCGGAGAUUCCAGUUUCGACUUUGAUUUUGCGAAUGAGAGCCAACAGACCUUGAUUGGAGAUCUGCCAGGCCAGCACAAAUCUGAGUCGCCUGAAAAUGAUUCUCCCGACAAACGAGCCCAUCCCGACGACGAUGAGUCCAACGACUCGACUGGGGCCAGCGGCGCUAAAAGGCGCGAGAGUACUGAAAAAGUGGCAAAGAAACCUGGGCGGAAGCCACUUACAUCGGAACCAAGCUCCAAGCGCAAGGCCCAGAACCGAGCUGCUCAACGAGCGUUCCGUGAGCGCAAGGAAAAGCACCUCAAAGACCUCGAGGACAAGGUCGAGGAACUACACAAGGCGUCUGAGACGGCAAAUCACGAGAAUAACCUCCUUCGUGUCCAGGUACAAAAGAUGUCGAGGGAGCUCCAGGAGUACAAGACGCGCCUUUCACUUGUGACCAGCCGAUCUCUUGCUCCGGGUAGGCCGCGAACAGGCUUUGGUGCCCCAGCGGUGGGUAACAUCAACGAUGUCAACUUCCAGUUCGAGUUUCCCAAGUUCGGUGUUCUACCAGCAACUGCCGCAACUGCCACCACCACUGGUACCGCCGCCAACAGCCAGCCUUCCAAGUCAUCAACCCCCCGGCAGGUUCUUCCCGGGAAGCCGGCCGGCUCCACCAGACGCCAGGAAAACACCGAGAGUCCUGUCAUUGAUAAUGGCGGCUACAACGUCGCCGAUAGUUCCUCCAAGUACUCGAAGCACGUCAAUACCAAGGUCUCCCCUGGGUCCAUUUCUGCCUCACGUACAAGCAUCGAUUCUUCUGGGCAUUCCCAGGCAACUCAUAGCACAUCAACUAGCUCGCCCUCGGCAUCUUCUCAGUCCCAAGGCGGGUCAAGUUCGUCAUGCGGCACGUCACCUGAACCCCUUAACCAGUCACCCAUGGGAUUCAAGCCAGUAGACACCAUGGCAACAAUAGGGGAAGAGCAGCCCUCGUUCCCCAGUGGCGAGGAUAAUUCACUUUUCGCCUCUAUUGAUCCUAACAGCUUCGACUGGCUGGCUCACCAGAAUGGAGGCCAGUUUGAUCCCGAUCUUUUUAGCAGCUAUCGUGAGCCUCAGGACAACAUCCUAGCCAACUCUAAUUUUGACGACGGCUUCUUCAAAGAUGCUCUGGAUGCGGAUUUCUUCACCCCUUAUAAUAUGGCACCCAAUCCAGCGCUUCCAAAGAGGAACCUCAUCGACCAGAUUGACGCAGCCCAAGACGCUGAUAAUGAUCUGGCGAAACAAGAUGCUGUCAAGCAAGAAGGGCUUGACUGUGAGGAAGUUUGGGAGAAAAUUCAAAACUGCCCUACGGUUCAGAACGGUGACUUUGAUCUCGACAGUCUCUGCUCAGAGCUUCAAAAGAAAGCCAAGUGCUCCGGAACUGGGUCUGUUGUUUCCGAAGGAGAUUUUGAUACUGUCAUGAAAAAGUGGUUGGGCAAGGACAUCUCUUGCGUCAAAUCAUCGACGUCUUGA